UUCCCUCUCUGGUGAAUUGAGAUAAUAUAUACACAUACUGGCCAAGUAGUUUGAAAAAAGUGUGCUUGUCUUUGGAUAGUAAGUACGAUAUCAAUGAGCAUUGCCACUUUAUCGUAUGAUAUUGAUGACUAGCAAUCAAACUACAAUCAACAACUGACAACUGUCGUUGCCGCACGACACUAGAGCUUGCACUUGAGAAUCAAGAUUAGUCUCAACAACCGGCAGUAACAGCGCAGUAGCUUUCUAACAUUAGCUACCUAUUUUAGCAUGACAUAUCAUAAAUCUGAAGUAACAGAACAUCUUGUCGUCUUAUACAUUUAUUAUAUCCAGGGUGGAAUCUACAUAUUCCAACUGGCUGACUGGUACGUAGCGGCUCUUGUGCUCGCCGUAGGAAUCAUAGAAUGCAUCAUCGUGACCUGGAUAUAUGGAUUCAAUCGACUAUAUGAAGAUCUGGAACUCAUGAUAGGAAGAAAGGUUCCCGUCUUCUUCAAAGUCGUUCUAACAUUCGUCACUCCACUGGUAUUGUUGCGAAUAGCCAAGACGAUUUCUCCAUCAAAAAACAGGGUUCCGAACACGUGUUUAUCUCGAGCGAAGUACAGACAGAAACAAAAGAACUCGUUUAGAGAAAAUAUAUGUCACUUGUGCACUCGAUAAGCAAGAUGUUUUGAGUCUUGGUGUUACCUCCUCGUUAUUCAAAGUGACAAACUUUAAUUUUAAAGUGACAAACUCUAGUUUAUAAACACUGUGGCAUAUUUUUCACUAUUAGAGUUGUUUAUGAUAUCUGAAAUCGAACACGACUUAUACUGUCUUGUUUAGAUUCUCCAUGUUCGUACAGCCGAAGUGUUUCUGAUUAUCCUAGUGUGUCUAAUACCACAGAAUGCAUUGUUUAUAUUGGGGGGAAAAACCUAAAAAAACCAAACAACCGCACGUGCGUAUGAGAAGUAACUGUUAUAUAGGCGAGUUCUUCUCUAUGUUAGCUAUAUUUCCCUGUUUCAACGUCACAGUCUCGUUUCAAUCUGCUAUAAUAUUAUCCAAAUCCACCAACACUGUUUACUAGUUCUGAUACACGUGUUAUCGCUAUCAACAUUACAAAAUAUAUUAUCAUGAGUUGCCUUCCUACAGCCAAUGCACCAAGACUGGCAUAUCAAAGGUAUGUGUUUUCCUGUCUGUGGGAUGGUGCAUAUAAAAGACCCCUUGGUACUAUGGG